UCGGUUAUCUACUCAUCGAGUCUUAAUUGCUGAAUUUUGUCGACUAAUCUGGCCUCGUCAGAUAUCCGGUAGGUUUCUUCUAAAGGCAUGGCAAAUCCCACAACAACGCAAUAGCUUAACUCGAAGAGUGCCAUUUAAACGCACUUUUAUUAGAGCUCAUCAGUUGGACUGGCAGUGGGGUGUCCAGCAGCAAACAUGGCCGGGGAAGCUGUAGUCACCGUUCGUCUAGUGAGGUCCUUCGAGCACAGAAAUUUCAAACCUGUGGUGUUUCACGGAGUCAGUUUAGACCAAACGGUGCAGGACUUCAUAAAGCUUGUCAGGGACGAUAUUGCAACAAGACCAGGGCUUCCUCCUCCUUUCAGGAAAUAUGCGUAUGACACAAUGAAAAUUAUUCAUCAAGCACAUGGAGCAAAGACUAAUGAACUGGUGAUGAGUUUAGAUGACGACGAUAAGCUCAUUUUGCAAGAUGGCCAAACCCUUAGAACUGCAGGCGUUGCAAAUGAAACAGAAGUGGCCUUCUUCAGGAAAGAAGAUUAUGGUCUCUAUAAAGCAAAUCCAAAAACUGCUUGGUGACCAAUAGCACAGAAGAUUCUUGCAGAGCAGAGUUCAAAGUCAAGCAUGCCAGGACCAGUAGACAAGAUUGGUGCCAUCAUGUUAAUUCUGAAGAGUUUUAAUUUGAAGGGUUGUUUUUAAAUUAAUGCUCAUCAUGCACCACACUGGUAUGCCUUUUUAUUUCUAUUUUUUCUGUUCUGGUAAUUGUGACCGCACACAUUAAUUCUCUUUAUUGUUUUAAAAUAUGCUGAAUAAAGUUUUCUGAUAGCUGGA